AUGGGAACUCGAUUGCAACAGCUGAGAUCUCAUUUAAGAAUUGGAUUGGGUGGUGUGCGAAUGGUUGGGAUAUGGGGGGUCGGGGGUGGCGGUAAGACCACUCUUGCAACUUCUCUUUACAUGGAGAUCUCACCGGAAUUUGAUGGUUUUUGCUUUGUGGAAAAUAUUCGGGAGGAAUCCAGACAACAUGGUUUAAAAAGCCUGCAAGAAAAAAUUCUCUCAACUGUUUUAAAGAUUCAAGUGCAAGUUGAGAGUGUUGAAUUAGGAAAACACAAGAUUAAACAAAUGUUAUGUCGUAGGAAUGUGUUGAUUGUUCUUGAUGAUGUCGAUCACCUCGAGCAACUAGAGGCUUUAGCGGGAUACCAUAAUUGGUUUGGUGAUGGGAGCCGGAUAAUAAUUACAUCUAGGGAUAAACAACUGCUAAAAUCUCACAGGGUAGACGAGGUAUGUCCCGUUAGUUUAUUAUCACAUGAAGAGGCUAUUCGGCUCUUUAAAAGACAUGCAUAUCAAGAGCAUAAUCCUGUAAAAGAUUAUGAGACACUUUCUUUACGUGUGAUUUCUUAUGUUAAUGGCCUCCCGUUGGCACUUAAAAUCUUAGGGGCUUUUCUUUAUGGAAAGGAUAAGGAUGAGUGGCUUAGCACAUUGGAUAGGCUAAAAUAUCAUCCAGAAAUGGAUAUUGUGCAAAAGCUCAAGAUCAGCUACGAUGGACUUAAACUUGUGGAGAAAGAGUUGUUCUUGGAUAUUGCAUGUUUUUACAGGGGAAAGAAGCUAGAUGAAGCAAUGGAGAUACUUGAUGCUUGUGGUUUUUACCCUCGUAUAGGGGUAAAGGUGUUGAUACAAAAGGCUCUAAUAAUUGUUUCAAAGGAUGGCAAGUUUGAUAUGCAUGAUCUGGUUCAAGAAAUGGCACACUACAUUGUUAGAGGGGAACAUCCUUACAAUCCUGAAAAACAUAGUAGGGUUUGGCGAGAAGAAGAUAUCAAAGACAUAUGUUCCAGAAAUGCAACAAUGGAAAAUGAUAAGAUUGAGGCCAUACAAGGUCAUGCUGAUGGUCAUUCAUUCAAUUUCAUUAUGCUUGUUUCAAAUAUGAAGAAACUAAGAUUCCUUAAAGUAGCUACUACUUCGUUUGAUGAAGGGCCCAGUUUCCUUUCAAAUGAUUUAAGGUAUAUAGAUUGGGAAGGUUAUCCUGCAAGUCUGUUCCAUGAAAGUUUUCAACCAACUAACCUUGUCGUUUUAAAAAUGAAAACAAGCUUGCAGAGAGAACUUUGGAAGGGUUACAAGUAUCUACCAUGUUUGAAAGAGAUGGAACUCUGUUACAUGAAAGCACUAGUCAAGACACCUGAUAUUGGUGGACUCCAAUGUCUUGAGAAGUUGAUACUCGAGGGAUGUGAAAGUUUAGAAGAGAUUCAUCAAUCACUUGGAAAUCAUUCGAAUCUUGUUCAUGUAUCUGUACGUAUUUGUGACAAGCUGACAAGGUUUCCGACCAUUGUUAAGAUGGACAAACUGAAAGUUCUUAGAAUUUCAGAAUGCAAAGCACUUAUUGAGUUUCCAAUGAUUGAAGCAAACAUGAAUAACUUGAUAGAGUUAUCUUUGGAAAAUGUUGGCAUAGAAAUCCUACCCUCACCAAUCGGAGAAUAUUGUACCAACCUUACUUUGCUCAAGUUGAAAGAUUGUUCCAAAUUAAAGAGCAUAGAUGGCACCUUUCAUUCCUUGAAAAGUCUAAAAUAUUUUGAAUUAAAGGGCUGCAAACAAUUUGAGAAGUUGUCUAAAGAUCUCUUCAAUGAAAAUUUAGAUGGGCUUGGUUUGUUGUUGGAUAGUAGUAUUAAACAACUUAUUCUUUCUCGCCUGCCACGUUUCUUAAGAAAAUUGGAUCUGAGUGAAUGUGGAUUGAAAGAUGGAGACAUACCGAAUGAGAUUGGUGAGUUAUCCAACUUACAGCAGCUACAUCUAGGAUUGAAUUAUUUUACAAGAUUAGAUAUCAGCUUCUCAAAACUUACUAGCCUUAAAUUCCUUCACCUGAGUAAAUGCCACUAUCUUGUUGAAUUGCCUGAGCUCGCAUCAAGUUUAGCUAUUCUCAAUGCAGACUAUUGCCACUCACUUGAACUGAUUAAAGAUAAAGCUCAUAGAAGAUGUAAAUGGUUAUGUGAAGUAUCAAUAUGGGGAGGGGGAAAGAGUAUAACUGGUGGGGAGAGACUACUAGAAUCCAUGCUUCAGGGAAAGGCAGUUAAAAGUGGGUGUAUGAUCCUUCAACUUAAAGGGUUAGAGAUUCCGAGGGGGUUUGAACCUCGUGUGGUAAAAGGGGGGAGAUGUACAUUGCAAGUUCCGGAGAAUUGGUACAAUCACUUUUCUGGAUUCUUAUUCUGCGUAGUUCUUGAUGGUUACUUUUAUGUUCCAAAGAUAACUACUUGUAUGAAGCAUGAGAAGUUAACAGGUGAUUCGACGAGAACGCAAGAUUACGUGUAUUGGGAGGAGACUCGUAAUGAUAAACAUACAAGUACAUGUAUGAUAUAUAUUUCAUUUGGGUUAUUAAGAAACACUUUAUGGUGGGAUCAAACAUCCACUGCUAUACAGCUAGAAAUUGACUCACUUUAUGAUGGAUAUAGGGUUAUUGGGUGUGGAUCUAAACUCAUUCCGAAGACAACUGAAACAACUAACACUGAUUCCGAGGUUUCUGAUGAUUAUACACGUCGGUUGAAGAUCCUACAUGAUUCCAAGUCUGCUUUCAAGUUCCACAUUGAUAGCUAGAUAAUAUUUGUAGUAGGAAUCAAAGAUGAUGUAACAUUUGUAUAAUUAUUUAUUUUGUACUGUACAAAUAUGAUGAUUAUGUAUAAGAUAGAAACUUUACGAAA